UUUCUGACUUAUCGAUCACAUAUAUGAACUACGACUUACACCUUCAUUCACUACGGGUUUUUCGAACAGGAGAUUGUUAGUUAAUUUAAGUGUAGUUCCUAUGUUGAGAAGUAUGGUGUAGUUCUAGUUCUCUAGUUUCACUCAUUCAAAUUAAUCUGGGCUUCAGUCACAGAAUAUCAGGAUAUUCUGUGCUUCAGUCAUCAAUAAUCAGUUCCGGUUUGUCAUCUGGUCGGUGGUCAGCACAGUACCGUCGUUAGUGUCGUCACAAUUAAAAAUUGAAAGCUGAAGGUUAUGGUUUUUUUUAUCUCGCCAAAUCAAAUAAAAAUUGUGUACCUAUUAUGUAUUAAAAAUUCUAGUAUUUAAAUGUGUUAAUUACCACCAUAUAUAAUAAUCUCAACUAGGUAGUUAUUGUUAUUUAAAAAAAUUAUGUUGGCGACAGGAUUUAAUGGUUAUUUGUGUCGUAGUUUUGCGAAGUUUAUUAAGUGCCGAACCAUUACCAAACAAAGUUGUCGAGACUAGACCAGACAUCUUUACUUCAAGAGAAAUACAUUCCAGAGAAGAUGGACUUGUGCUCUAUUUACCACCUAAGAACCUACAAAAAGGUGCUAAAUCUAACUACGAGAUUGUAUUACAUAGACCAACCACUGAAACAUUGCAUCAAAUAUUCAGUUUGUACCGGACCACAGAUCUAAGUGAAGCAGAAAUAAGAUUUAUUACUUUAAAAGAUAAAUUGCCAGUAUUUAUAGAAGUUGCUAAAGAGAUGUGCAAUAUUCACGGUCUGCAGAAAAUUUGCGACACUCUCUCGGAACAUCCUUCGUGGUCCUUAGCUCAUUUAGCCGCUUAUUUUGCACUGUAUGAUUCAUUUAAUAAUCCCAAAAUCAAUUGCUUUCUCAACAGCACAGACGUAGACACUGGGAUGUCUCCAUUACAGGUUGCCAUUACGACCCAGAACCUAAAAACAAUACAGAUAAUGGUUUCCGCAAACUGUUCCCUAGAGCAUUUGGACUAUGAAGCAAAUUCUGUUUUCCACUAUGCAGCUAGUACCACAAAGGAAAUUAUUUCGGUCCUUGCCCACGGCUCACCACCCAGAUGUUUAAAUGCCCGCAACAAAAACGGAUACACGCCCCUCCACAUGUCCUGUCUUGCCGAUAAACCCGAGUGUGUCAAAGCUCUCUUGUUGGCUGGAGCCGACGUGAAUAUAGCGGCCACGGAAGCCGAAAAUGAAAAUGACGUAGAACCGGGCUACGUUGGAAAUUUCCUUCAAGAUAAUCCAAACACUUUAUAUCAGAAAGACAUGAAGAACGGCGGCACUCCCUUACAUUGGUCUUCAUCGAGGCAAGUUAUCGAAGCACUCAUCGAUGUUAAUUGUCAUAUCAAUGCUCUCAAUUUCGAGGCAAAGACCGCUCUUCACGUCAUGGUUGAAAGGAACAGGCUAGAAUGUGUCGUUGCCCUUUUAAGCAGGGAAGCGAAUGCAGAUCUAGGCGAUAAGGAUGGAAAUAGGCCGAUUCAUUUAGCUGUGAAGGGUGGGAAUAUAUCAAUAAUUCAAGCCCUCAUUGUAUUUGGUGCUAAUUUAGAUAUUUUGAAUAAUGCUGGUGAAACGCCUCGACAUUUAAUUACCAAAGAACAAGAACCGAAACUUUUAUAUUAUCUUCACGCAGUGGGUGCCAAACGUUGUUCCUCUGAUAUGCAGGGUUGCACGGAUGGUUGCAAAUUUAAUAGUACCUACGAAGGAAUUCCACCACCUAAGGUUAUCGGACCAACUAAUCGCGACAUCCUCAAUUUGAUGCUGUCCGUAGCGGCCAUGGAAGUGGCGUCGGAUAAGCACAAAAACAAAUUUCCGAACAAGGGCAGGCUGUUGAGUUUAGACGGCGGAGGCAUCAGAGGAUUGAUUCUGGUACAGAUGCUCUUAGAAUUAGAAAAAGUCUUGGGAAAGUCCAUCAACAGUUGCUUCGAUUGGUUAGCGGGAACCAGCACCGGAGGCAUCUUAGCUUUAGGUAUCGCUUCGGGAAAGACAAUGAAGGAAUGCCUUUGCCUGUACUUUCGCUUGAAAGAGAUUACUUUCAUUGGAAAUAGGCCGUAUUCCAGUGAAGCACUCGAGAACAUACUGAAGGAAACUUUCGGAGUGGAUACCGUGAUGUCGGACAUUAAAUACCCCCGAUUGAUGGUAACGGGGGUCUUAGCAGAUAGGAAACCAGUCGAAUUACAUUUAUUUAGAAAUUACACCAGUCCUAACGAUAUACUGGAAGUGAAACACGACUCUCCUUACGAAUUACCUCCGGCUCCCGAGGAACAGCAUGUAUGGCAGGUCGGGAGGGCCACCGGAGCCGCUCCGACGUAUUUCAGGGCCUUUGGUCGAUUCCUCGACGGCGGCUUGAUAGCCAACAAUCCAACCUUGGACGCACUUACGGAGAUCCAUGAGCAUUGCUUGGCCCUCAAAGCGAAGGGGAAAGAAAACGAAUCUUGCCCCGUGUCUGUAGUGAUCAGUCUCGGGACGGGACUGAUUCCGGUGACGCAAAUAAAGGAAAUCGAUGUUUUUAGGCCGGAAAGCAUCUGGGACAGCGCCAAGUUGGUCAUAGGGAUAUCUGCUCUCGGCACACUCCUCGUAGACCAGGCGACGUCGAGCGACGGCAGGGUGGUCGAUAGAGCCAGAGCCUGGUGUUCUAUGAUUGGCGUGCCCUAUUUCCGUUUCAACCCGCAGUUGUCAGAGGACAUCGCGAUGGACGAGAAAUCUGACGAGAAAUUGUGCGGCAUGUUGUGGGAGGCUAAAGUUUACAUGCACGCACAUAUAAACGUCAUGAAAGAAAUAUCCGAUAUAUUAAAUAGAGGCUAGAAAUCUCCACACCCUUUCAUUAAGGCUGUAAUUGAUGUGAAUUGUGAAAUGUAUACCAGUUUUUAUUUAUUUUUAUUUAAUUUAAUAGUCUAUUGGUUUAUUUCUAAAU